AUGGCGCAGAAGCGGCUUAUGCAAGAGUUGAUACCACUUCACAAGGAGAAGUGGGUGCACAUCGAGACGGAUGAAGCCAACAUUCUGCGGUGGAAGGUUGGACUCUGGGUUGUGAACCCUGAUAGCGUUUGGCAUGGAGCGUACCUACGGGCGGACAUGAAGUUUUCUAACGAGUACCCAUAUCAACCGCCGACGUUUCGUUUCCUGACCAAGAAUAUCAUCCACCCCAACGUUUACUCGGACGGAAACCUCUGCAUCUCGAUCCUCCAUAGGCCUGGCGAUGACGAGCAGUCCGGGGAGCUGGCGAGCGAGCGUUGGAACGUGCUGCACGGCGUCGAGUCCGUUCUGCGCUCCGUGCUCCUGCUCAUGGACGACCCGGAGAUCAACUCCGCCGCCAACGUGGAUGCCAGUGUGCUCUACCGUGACAACCGCGAGGAGUACGACGCGCUUGCCAAGGCCCUGGUAGCCCGGACGCAAAAGGACGUACCGGACGGGGUCAAGAUGCCCACCCCCGCGCAACUGGCGCCCGCGCCGCAGAAACCCGUCGAGGACGACGCCGACUUCUGGAACAUGUCAGAUGUGGAGGAUGACUUUGGCGGCAGCGAUAGCGACGAGGACAUGGGCGACUUUGACGACGAUGACGAGGACGAGAUGGAUGAAGAAGACAAGCAGUGA